AUGAUAACCCUUUUCAUGAAUGCAGUUGAUGAGAGCUUGACCGAAGAUGACAGAAUGCAGGGCCUUACUCUUCAUAGUCGAGCGAUGAGGGAUCUACUCAGAUAUCUGCCUCCAAAGGGACCAAGGAAUUCCAAGUACGAUCCAGCGAUUAUCAAGUUCAAUGUUGGUCGGGACCUCGUGACAACCUACGAUCACGUUUUUGAUAGGUUUCUAAAGAACUUUGAGUUCCACACCGCUGGUCACGUAUUCGGCGCAAUGAUGAAGGAAAAACAUACCAUCAUCGAGAAAUGGCCCUACCGGCUAAAACUACGAUCAGGCCAGCCAGGAGCUCAAGAUGAAUUUGACCGCUGCAUGAAAGAAGGUGUUUCAGGGAAAGAGCGCUAUGUGGAGUGGAAGAGAAUCCCUCAGGGCCUGCUUUGA